CACGUUGCAUCUCUGAAGCAUUUUUGACAAGCUUGAAGCGCCGUUGUCCACAUCUCCAGGAGCUCAACCUCCAUCGAUGUUAUAUUGAUGCAUCAACUACCAAGUUUUCAGCUCUGCCUGCCUCUCUAAGGAAGUUAUCCCUCUGUGGUUCAGCACUCUUCAAUCUACCACAGAACCGCAUGGUGGUGGUGACAUCGCCAUUUUUCCGACUCGAGAAGCACCUACCUGUCUUGGAGGAGGUGGUUCUUGAGGGUUGUGGUGCCUGGCUCACUCGGCAAGACCUCACACUUCUCAUGAGCCACUGUCCUGCGUUACAGAUUGUAAACGUUGGACCGGCACGCUACACCCGUACAGGCCAUUGCUCGUGGGACAAAAGGGACGACAAACAUAGUAGCAGUAUCAUCUUAACACGGAAAAGGAGGGCCUGAACAAGAAGACACAGCUAAAGUAUGAAAAAGAAAAAAGGUCUGAGGAUCCCUACUCCUUAUCCAUGUCAUAGGAUGGAAUGUUGUGCAUUUGGUGGGAUAUGAGAGUAGCAUUGUGUUCUCCAGUUUAAGAAAGUGGUUCGUUUUCAAGGUGGCAAAGAGAUAGAGCACCGUUAAGGAGAUUUCUACCAUCAUUUGUAAAAGACCAAGAGGAGAAGAGUCUCAUCGGUGUGACAGCGAUCCAGGUGGACACGGAAUUACCUCAGCCAUGGCAAUGCUACACCGUGCAUUAUUCACCUGGUUCCUCCUCCUGGUCUUUCUCAUCUUGCUUGCACUCCGGCUUGACCUCAGAACCCAAUGGAAUUGGUUCAUUGUCUUUAUCCCUAUGUGGUUCUAUGAUGCACUUCUUCUCAUAUACAUCAGCAUCCACAUGAUCAAUGAAUGCCGCACGGCUGUUGGAGUAUCAGGGGGCUCUCACCACCGCACGGCCAGGCAGCGUCUCUCAGCCAUCCUGAAACGGGUCUGGCCCCUGCUGGCUGUCAUUCUCAAAAUGGCAUUCAUGGUGGCCCUGUGCCUAAAGCAGAAUCACGAGACGACGAGAAUUACAUCUUACCACGUUCUGUUGCCGCUGUGGAUUCUCCUGCUGGGUCUGUGCAUUAAUGUCCUGCAUUGCUUAGUGUUGCAGCACCAAGAUCGGUUUCCAUGAUGUGUAGGGAAUGGGAGAAGAGCAGUGAGUGUAUGUAAUUAUAUGAACUGUACAAAAUGUAGCAUGGACUAAUGAGUGUUUCCUGGAGGUUAUUAUUCCUUUUUUUAGAUAUAUUUUUUCUAUUAUUAUGUGGAUGUAUUUGUAAAGUAUUUGUGUCUACAAUUUUCUUACUAAAUUCGUUAAAUGUUCAGAUAACAAAAAUAUUAUAAUUUCUUCAGGAAUAUGUAGAGGGAGAUGCUUAAACUUGCAAUGAUAAAACAAAGAAAUCCUAAAAUUUGUUUAUCUUCUAGAUGCAUUUUUUUUUUUUUUUUUUUUUUUUAACUCUUAUAAUGUAAAACUGUCUGCCUGUAGGUUCCAUAGAAAGCAUAUUUAAAGGUCAUUUAGAUAGGCUGAACUUGGUUUUUCUUUAUUGAAAAUUAUAACUUAGAUGGAAUACUUAAAAGAUGUAGUAUUUCAAUUUUUUCUUUUAAUAUUAUACAGGUGCUAAAAUAAAGCCUAUUAAUACUUUCUGAAGAAGUUUUGUACUUAUUGUCUCUUGGGUUUACUUAUUACCUUUAUAAAUGUUCUGUUGGUGAAUUAGGAUUUGGUUUAGUUCAUGUCCUGUGAAGUAAUAUAAAAUGAAGGGGUUUUGGCUUUGUCUUCAA